CGUUGCCCAGUUGAGCAGCUUGAAACAUGAUCCAGCGGCGCCACGAAGAGGCAGGGCUAUAGACAGGAAGCAUAGUGUUAUCACACCGCGGCACCGGAGUUCGGAGAGAUAUGUGAAUAGGAGCGAAGAGAAAGAAAGAGUCUGUCUGUGUAGUGUAGAGAGGAUGGGAAAGGGAGUAACUGGGAGCAUUCAGCAUAUGACAAAUCAAAGGCACGGUGUCUCAUAUUCCUGCGUAUAGCAGAGGAGGAUGGAGCCUUGCCGGUUGAGCCAGAGGAUUGGGCCGAUAAGAUGAUCUGUUUGUGGAUACCAUUGUGUUUUUCUUCGCACCAAUAGGAACAUGUGGUUUCUGGAUGUUUGAGGAAAGCGAUGGUUGCAUCACCUUCAACUGCGCUGUCAAUCUCAUUUCAAAGAGCCACAUCAUAAGAAACUCCGUGGGGAACUGGCCUUUUGGAGGAUAUGCAGAAAUAGGAUCGGUUUGGUUGUUAAAUUAUUUUAGCAAACAAAGCAUUAAAACCAGCGAUUAUCAGUUUUUUGUUUACCGGUAUGAUGAACUCUUUUUUUGAUACUUCGCCUGCUGCUAUGAUCGCUACAGUUCCUGUCAGCCGUAUGUCCACUUCUGGGUCGGGCGCGGUAACCAGUGCUCUGCGAAAUGAUUUGGGGUCCAAUAUCCACGUCCUGAAGACUCUGAACCUGCGCUUUCGCUGUUUUCUUGCUAAGGUUCAUGAACUAGAGCGGAGAAACAAAUUAUUAGAGAACCAACUGCAGCAAGCCUUGGAGCAACAACGAUACCAAGUAUACACACGUGAAGUAGCUGUCCAAACCGACUCUACGGAAUCCCGACUGCCUGGUACCAUUUGGAGUUUCACGCACGUGAGGAGACACGGCGAGCGCUAUGAGACACUCCAGGGGCCCGGUGUAUCCUGGAAUCACCCGGACGGUGUUGGGGUCCAAAUCGAUACAAUCACACCAGAAAUAAGAGCUCUGUAUAAUGUUUUGGCUAAAGUCAAGCGAGAGAGAGACGAAUACAGGAGAAGAUGGGAAGAGGAGCUGAACAGACGAGAGCAUAUGGAGUCCAUGGUGGAAUCCAUGCAGGAGAGUGCUCAGGAGUCAGAGGAGAUCCAGGAUGAACUGAAUGAGAAGGUGGACAGGCUGAAGGCUGAGCUGGUGGUCUUUAAGAGUCUCAUGAGCGAUCAAAUGUCUGACCUGGACUCUAAGAUCCAGGAGAAAGCCAUGCGAGUGGACAUGGACAUCUGCCGGCGCAUCGACAUCACCGCCAAACUGUGUGACGUGGCUCAGCAGCGCAACUCAGAGGACAUGUCCAAGAUGUUCAACGUCAGCCCGGCCAGGUCGCUCCCAGAGAGGGGUGCCAUGGCGUGCUGCAGGAAGAAGGAGCGCAGGCCUGUGUCUGAUGAGGACAGCUCUGAGAUGGAUGCAGACCCCAGCACCAGUACCUCAGAGGAGGAGGAGGUCCCUCUUAACAUCACUGAUGAAAUGAAACGAAUGCUCAACCAACUACAUUGUUCAGAUGAUAAUUGUGUUGCCAGGAGGGAGACGUUUGACAUUGAUGACGACUGUGACAGCCUGACGUGGGAAGAGAAUGACGAGACCCUGUUGCUAUGGGAGGACUUCACCAACUAUAACAUACAACCCAGUGCCAUCACCGCGGCAAACUGCACAGCCACCAGCGCAGCCAACAGCAACACAGAGGAGCCUGUCUCUCAGGAUGGAAGCCUGGGCAGCCUCAUAGAUGAGACAGAAUCACUAUUCAAGACCAGAGAGCAGGAGUACCAGGAGACCAUUGGCGCGAUUGAGAUGGAGCUAGCCACAGCGAAGAGUGACAUGAACAGACACCUGCAUGAGUACAUGGAGAUGUGUAGCAUGAAGCGUGGUCUGGACGUGCAGAUGGAGACGUGCAGGAGGAUGAUCAAAGGGGGCAGGAACUCUCCCUCUGUCAGCUCGGUGGCCAGCAGCGACUCAGGGAAUACUGACGAGAUCCAGGACGAACUAUUGGACAAGGAUGGAGAGGCUGAGGGGCCAAUAAGCUGAUGGCUGUCCUGCCUGGCACCGCCCCUCACUCCUCCACUCACUGACGUGUAGCUGCUCACAGAGCUCCACCCUGCUUGGGGGUUGGCCCGUUUGGCUGGGGGUCCUGAUGGUCCUAAGGGUCUGUCCCACUCUCCCAGGCCUAGAACUGGUGCUUAUUGUCUAUGUUCUCAUAGGGAUGGAGGCGGACGGUGUUCCUUUGCUUCACAAGUAUUAUAAGGCAGAGGUGGCACAUACAAUAUAGUGUCAGCUGUGCUCUCUUCCUCAGUGCUGCCUUGCUGGUUUCUUCAACCUAAUCAGAACUUCACAAGAACAUCCAGCAAAACAGUCAACCUUAUCAAACCAGUCGUACUGGCUCACUAUUAGCAUAUUCGAAACAGUUGCACUGUCACCAUCGUCAAUCUGUUGGCCUGAGGCGGACAGUCCAUUUGGUCAACAGGGAACAACAUACACAACAGUAUUCACCAGUGAGAAUAUAUGCCUGAGGUCUUUUAAUAAUCACAAAUCAAGAGCAAUCACUCAAUUUUCUACUUGCAUGUGCCCCAUGGAUGUAGAUGGAUCAUUCACAUGCAGUACACUGUACAUGCACAUGUACAAUUGGGUAUUGAAAUGUUCUCACCAGAGUCAAUACAAACAAAACAGCCUGACUGGACUCUCCAUGGUUACCAGUGUUUACUGGGGAACGGAGCACAGCCCUUUGCUGCAUAAUGCAUUGUUCAAGCUCUAUGCAAUUUAGCUAGCCUUAUUUCAGGAUGACCUUCCCUACCCUUCUUUUCCCUUAUGAUUAGCCUUUUUAAGCUGGGCAGGUGUUUUCUAGUUGUCAUUCAGAGUGAUCAUGUGUGUUCUCCGAAGUGGAAGGAGCAGAAUUGUCUCAAAAAGGGAAAUGUUGGACUAGUGACCCCUAGUUGUCUUUGUCAAAGUCAUACCCUUUUCCUCCCUACCUAAUGUUAAUUUAAAGUCAUACCCCUUCCCUCCCUACCUAAGUCAUACCCUUCCCUCCCUACCUAUGUUAAUUUAAAGUCAUACCCUUUCCCUCCCUACCUAUGUUAAUUUAAAGUCAUACCCUUCCCUCCCUACCUAUGUUAAUUUAAAGUCAUACCCUUCCCUCCCUACCUAUGUUAAUUUAAAGUCAUACCCUUUUCCUCCCUACCUAUGUUAAUUUAAAGUCAUACCCUUUUCCUCCCUACCUAUGUUCAUUUAAAGUCAUACCCCUUCCCUCCCUACCUAUGUUCAUUUAAAGUCAUACCCUUCCCUCGCUACCUAUGUUAAUUUAAAGUCAUACCCCUUCCCUCCCUACCUAUGUUAAUUUAAAGUCAUACCCUUCCCUCGCUACCUAUGUUAAUUUAAAGUCAUACCCCUUCCCUCCCUACCUAUGUUAAUUUAAAGUCAUACCCCUUCCCUCCCUACCUAUGUUAAUUUAAAGUCAUACCCCUUCCCUCCCUACCUAUGUUAAUUUAAAGUCAUACCCCUUCCCUCCCUACCUAUGUUAAUUUAAAGUCAUACCCCUUCCCUCCCUACCUAUGUUAAUUUAAAGUCAUACCCCUUCCCUCCCUACCUAUGUUAAUUUAAAGUCAUACCCCUUCCCUCCCUACCUAUGUUAAUUUAAAGUCAUACCCCUUCCCUCCCUACCUAUGUUAAUUUAAAGUCAUACCCCUUCCCUCCCUACCUAUGUUAAUUUAAAGUCAUACCCCUUCCCUCCCUACCUAUGUUAAUUUAAAGUCAUACCCCUUCCCUCCCUCCCUACCUAUGUUAAUUUAAAGUCAUACCCCUUCCCUCCCUACCUAUGUUAAUUUAAAGUCAUACCCCUUCCCUCCCUACCUAUGUUAAUUUAAAGUCAUACCCCUUCCCUCCCUCCCUACCUAUGUUAAUUUAAUGUCUGUAAACAUGGAAAAGAUUAUCGAAAAUAAUAUGGAACAAGGUGCCAGCAAAUAUGCUGUUUUUGAUUUGUAUUGCCUUUUGCUGAUCACUAUCAUACUAAGCUUCAGCUACAUUUUGUAAUUUCACCUAAAAUGUAUAUGUUAUGAUUGGUAGAACUAAGUUCUUGAUUGUCCCUUGGGCUACUCUUUGGUAAGUCCAAAGGGCUGUUGAGAGUCAUUGGUCAUCUGUUUGUCCUCUCAGAGAGAGGGUAUGGAAGAUAUAUUACACAAAACAAUCACGGAAACUGGCAACACCAUGUACAUUAGUUGCUAAUACAAUUCCUAACUUAUACACUGUACAAUGCCAUAUUUGGGUUAUAUUUUUGCCAAUCUGGGCGACGAACCUCAGAUGGCGUCUCACAAAAACUCCCCUCCCUUCUGUCCAGCCUAUCAUAUUCCGUUGUCCCAUUGUCAUGUGCCCUGGAUUGGGCUUAGAAUUGUUUGUACAUGUAUAAGAGACACAGGAGGUUGGUGGCACCUUAAUUGGGGAGAACGGGCUCAUUCCAAUGACUGGAGCGGAAUAGGUGGAAUGGUCAAAUUUAUCAACCACAUGAUUUCCAGGUGUUUGAUGCCAUUCCAUGAGCCGUUCUCCCCUCAGCAGCCUCCUGUGAUAAGAGGGCUGUUGGCAUGUGAUCGUAUACCCUAGAUGCCUUUCUGUUCAUAAUGCGCUAUACGUAAUUAAUUUUGUUGUAUUACAUUCAGUCUAAUGAUUUUCAUUGAAUUAAUCAAUUAACAAAAUUGAUGAACGCACAA